CUCAGCUGCAGUUCCAGCUACUGCUCCGUUGGUCACCUGUCCACCAGGAUAUGAAUACAUUGGAUUUCCCACGUUCAAUCCAGGAACGGGUGCAUUUACAUUCCCAAUUGGAACAUUCCCAACGGACUUUCCGACCGUAACUAUUCCAACUGGCUUCCCCACGGCGGCCAGCUUUCCAACGUUUGAUAUUCCGACCGGGAGUCCACCUACAAUAGGUUCUCUGCCAAGUUUUCCGACAGAUUUUCCGACUGUUGAUAUCCCAACGGGUUUCCCCACGGUUGAUAUCCCAACGGGUUUCCCCACGGUUGAUAUCCCAACGGGUUUUCCAAGCUUCCCGACCCCUGAUAUUCCAACAGGCAGUUUUCCCACUGUCGAUGUACCAACGGGCUUUCCGAGUGUACCGACAGUCGAUAUCGGAAGCGUGCCAACCAUUCCAACCGAUUUCCCAACGGGCUUCCCCAGCGUGAGCUUUCCGAAUCUGCCAACAGGCGUUCCAGCGGGAUGUUUCCCGAUUCCAACUACACUGCCACUGGGAGCGACAACACAAGCUUCACCUCAACCGACUAUUGACCUCACUCCCAGAUGUGUCUCUUUUCCAGAGGAGUGCUGUGGGGCACCUCGUUGCAUCGACUCAACCUUCGCCAACUACUCCUCCAUCGUUGUGAAUUAUGCGAUCAGGUGUGGCGAUCCGACGUCCUGCAACCCAGCACGGUUUGCACAGUGCAGUGUCAGCCCUGUUACUGGCUUCUGCGAGCAGCUAGGAUCUUUCAGUGUGCCACAAAGCACUGGUACUGCACCGACCGUUGCUACUGCACCACCAGUCACAGGAGUAGACAGGUGUAUUUCCUAUCCAACUCAGUGCUGUGGCCCGCCAGUAUGCUACGAUACUCAAUCGCCCACGUUCUUGACGACAUUGCAGAACUACGCAAUAGCUUGCAGCGGUGACGCAUCAUUGUGCAACCCGCUCCCUUUCACCGUGUGCCAGUAUAUACCCAGCAACGGCAGCUGUGUUGGCUCUGGUUUGUUCUCAAUUGCACCACCGACUGCACCACCCACUGCACCGGCAACAACACCGUCGCCUCCUCCAGUCAAUCCAUCAGUCAAUCCAUCGGUCACUCCACCGGCCACUCAGCCAGUCACCUGUCCACCAGGAUACGAGUAUAUCGGAAUUCCCACAUUCAAUCCAGGAACUGGUGCAUUCACAUUCCCAAUUGGAAGUUUCCCAACAGUUGAUCUUCCUACAGGAAAUAUUCCAACUGGUUUCCCUACAGUGGGCAGUCUUCCGACGUUUGAUAUUCCAACUGGCAGUCCUCCUACAAUAGGUUCUCUACCAAGUUUCCCAACAGACUUUCCCACUUUCAAUAUUCCUACAGGUUCUGUUCCAUCAAUACCUACAGUCGAUAUUCCAACAGGUUUCCCGACUUUUGACAUUCCAACAGGUAGUUUCCCCACUGUGGAUAUUCCAACAGGUUUUCCAAGUAUACCAACUGUUGAUCUUGGAAGUGUCCCAACUGUUCCCACCAACUUUCCCAGUGUGCCAACUGGUUUCCCCAGCAUACCCACAGGUUUCCCGAGCGUGAGCUUUCCAAAUCUGCCAACUGGAGUUCCAGCGGGAUGCUUCCCGAUUCCAACUACACUGCCUCUGGGAGCUACAACGCAAGCAUCAAGUCAACCAACUCUUAACCCUACUCCACGGUGUAUUUCCUAUCCCACUCAGUGCUGUGGCCCGCCAGUAUGCUAUGAUACUCAAUCACCCACGUUCUUGACGACAUUGCAGGACUACGCUUUAACUUGCCGUGGUGAUGCAUCAUUGUGCAACCCGCUCCCUUUCACCGUGUGCCAGUAUAUACCCAGCAACGACAGCUGUGUUGGCUCUGGUUUGUUCUCAAUUGCACCACCCACUGCACCGGCAACAACACCUGCUCCUCCUCCAGUCACUCCAUCAGUCACUCCAACGGUCACUCAGCCAGUCACCUGUCCACCAGGUUAUGAAUACAUUGGAUUUCCCACAUUCAAUCCAGGAACUGGUGCAUUCACAUUCCCAAUUGGAAGUUUCCCAACAGUUGAUCUUCCUACAGGAAAUAUUCCAACUGGUUUCCCUACAGUGGGCAGUCUUCCAACGUUUGAUAUUCCAACUGGCAGUCCUCCUACAAUAGGUUCUCUACCAAGUUUCCCAACAGACUUUCCAACAUUCAAUAUUCCUACAGGUUCUGUUCCAUCAAUACCUACCGUCGAUAUUCCAACAGGUUUCCCUACUUUCGACAUUCCAACAGGUAGUUUCCCCACUGUGGAUAUUCCAACAGGUUUUCCAAGUAUACCAACUGUUGAUCUUGGAAGUGUCCCAACUGUUCCCACCAACUUUCCCAGUGUGCCAACUGGUUUCCCAAGCAUACCCACAGGUUUCCCCAGUGUGAGCAUUCCCAAUCUGCCAACUGGAGUUCCUGUAGGAUGUUUCCCGAUUCCAACCACACUGCCACUGGGCGCAACAACGCAGGCACAGAGUCUGCCGACAACUCAAGCUCCACCUCCAACUGUUACGAUUGCCAGGUGUAUGUCCAUACCACGGGAGUGCUGUGGCGAGCCGUACUGCGUCGACACAAACUUUCCGAACGCGACGACCAUCUCGGUGGACUAUCUUACGCGUUGUGGGGACCCGACGUUGACAUGUAACCCGCAGCGUUUCGCUCAGUGCAGCCUCAGCCCUACCACUGGUGUCUGCGAGCAGACUGGCGCAAUCUCUUUUGCUCCAAGCUUUCCCGUUACCACGCCGUUCAGAACUGCAACUCCUCCACCAGUCACCCCACCGGUUACCCAGCCAGUCAGCUGUCCACCAGGAUAUGAAUACAUUGGAGUUCCCACAUUCAAUCCAGGAACUGGUGCAUUCACAUUCCCAAUUGGAAGUUUCCCAACAGUAGAUCUUCCUACAGGAAAUAUACCAACUGGUUUCCCUACAGUGGGCAGUCUUCCAACGUUUGAUAUUCCAACUGGCAGUCCUCCUACAAUAGGUUCUCUACCAAGUUUCCCAACAGACUUUCCAACAUUCAAUAUUCCUACAGGUUCUGUUCCAUCAAUACCUACAGUCGAUAUUCCAACAGGUUUCCCUACUUUCGACAUUCCAACAGGUAGUUUCCCCACUGUGGAUAUUCCAACAGGUUUUCCAAGUAUACCAACUGUUGAUCUUGGAAGUGUCCCAACUGUUCCCACCAACUUUCCCAGCGUGCCAACUGGUUUCCCAAGCAUACCCACAGGUUUCCCCAGUGUGAGCAUUCCCAAUCUGCCAACUGGAGUUCCAGCAGGAUGUUUCCCAAUUCCGACCACGUUGCCACUGGGAGCAACAACAACGGGCCGCGCACCAACCAGCACUCCUGCAGCGCCGACAACACCACAAGCAGUUGCUUCAACAACCCCGCUCUUUGCCACUGGUGGUGUAACAACAUCUCAGGCAACAACUCAACCUCGUCAGACCACGCCAGCUCCACCAACUAUUCCAGUAGUCAGCUGUCCACCAGGAUAUGAAUACAUUGGAGUUCCCACAUUCAAUCCAGGAACGGGUGCAUUCACAUUCCCAAUUGGAAGUUUCCCAACAGUUGAUCUUCCUACAGGAAAUAUUCCAACUGGUUUCCCUACAGUGGGCAGUCUUCCAACGUUUGAUAUUCCAACUGGCAGUCCUCCUACAAUAGGUUCUCUACCAAGUUUCCCAACAGACUUUCCAACAUUCAAUAUUCCUACAGGUUCUGUUCCAUCAAUACCUACAGUCGAUAUUCCAACAGGUUUCCCUACUUUCGACAUUCCAACAGGUAGUUUCCCCACUGUGGAUAUUCCAACAGGUUUUCCAAGUAUUCCAACUGUUGAUCUUGGAAGUGUCCCAACUGUUCCCACAAACUUUCCCAGUGUGCCAACUGGUUUCCCAAGCAUACCCACAGGUUUCCCCAGUGUGAGCAUUCCAAAUCUGCCAACAGGAGUUCCAGCGGGAUGUUUCCCAAUUCCGACCACACUGCCACUGGGAGCAACGACAACGGGCCGUGCCCCAACCAGCACUCCUGCACCACCGGCAACACCUCGUGUGUCCACCCCGGUGGCAACAACUGGAGGCGCCCCAACGUCUCCGCCAACAACCCCACCCAGUCCUACAACACCAGCUCCACCAACUAUUCCAGUCGUCAGCUGUCCACCAGGAUAUGAAUACAUUGGAGUUCCCACAUUCAAUCCAGGAACUGGUGCAUUCACAUUCCCAAUUGGAAGUUUCCCAACAGUUGAUCUUCCUACAGGAAAUAUUCCAACUGGUUUCCCUACAGUGGGCAGUCUUCCAACGUUUGAUAUUCCAACUGGCAGUCCUCCUACAAUAGGUUCUCUACCAAGCUUCCCAACAGACUUUCCAACAUUCAAUAUUCCUACAGGUUCUGUUCCAUCAAUACCUACAGUCGAUAUUCCAACAGGUUUCCCUACUUUCGAUAUUCCAACAGGUAGUUUCCCCACUGUGGAUAUUCCAACAGGUUUUCCAAGUAUUCCAACGGUUGAUCUUGGAAGUGUCCCAACUGUUCCCACCAACUUUCCCAGCGUGCCAACUGGUUUCCCAAGCAUACCCACAGGUUUCCCCAGUGUGAGCAUUCCAAAUCUGCCGACUGGAGUUCCUGUAGGAUGUUUCCCAAUUCCGACCACGCUGCCACUGGGAGCAACAACAACAGCCCGUGCCCCAACCAGCACUCCUGCAGCGCCGACAACACCUCGUGUGUCCACCCCGGUGGCAACAACUGGAGGCGCCCCAACGUCUCCGCCAACAACCCCACCAAGUCCUACAACACCAGCCCCGCCAACUAUUCCAGUUGUCAGCUGUCCACCAGGAUAUGAGUAUAUUGGAGUUCCCACAUUCAAUCCAGGAACGGGUGCAUUCACAUUCCCAAUUGGAAGUUUCCCAACAGUUGAUCUUCCUACAGGAAAUAUUCCAACUGGUUUCCCUACAGCGGGCAGUCUUCCAACGUUUGAUAUUCCAACUGGCAGUCCUCCUACAAUAGGUUCUCUACCAAGUUUCCCAACAGACUUUCCAACAUUCAAUAUUCCUACAGGUUCUGUUCCAUCAAUACCUACAGUCGAUAUUCCAACAGGUUUCCCUACUUUCGACAUUCCAACAGGUAGUUUCCCCACUGUGGAUAUUCCAACAGGUUUUCCAAGUAUACCAACUGUUGAUCUUGGAAGUGUCCCAACUGUUCCCACCAACUUUCCCAGCGUGCCAACUGGUUUCCCAAGCAUACCCACAGGUUUCCCCAGUGUGAGCAUUCCCAAUCUGCCCACAGGAGUUCCAGUGGGAUGUUUCCCGAUUCCAACCACACUGCCCCUGGGAACAACGGCAGCCACUGCCCAGACAACACCUACAGUCCAGGCGACAACUACGGUUGCUGCUACUCCUCCUGUGACCACACCUAUCGUACCCACCUUCGGUUUCUCAACUCAACCAGUAACAACUCCGGCAGUAACAACUCCGGCUGUGACAACUCCCGCCGUGACAACUCCGGCUGUAACAACCCCGGCUGUGACAACUCCCGCCGUGACAACUCCGGCUGUAACAACCCCGGGAGUUUCAACUCCAUCUGUGCCAAUUGUCACUACACCAUCUGUGCCAAUUGUCUCUACCCCAUCUGUGCCUACAUUUGGCUUUACAACUCCCACGGUAGCAACUCCGCUGGUGACGACUCCAGCUGUUUCAACACCUUCUUUGCCCAUUGUCACCACGCCAUCAGUCCCAACGUUUGGCCCCUCUAGUCCAACAGUUUCAAUACCAGCUUUCACCACUCCUGGAGUGUCAAGUCCAGGAGCAACUACCCAGGCAGCCACAACAGGGGCUGCUACAACUGCGGCUGGUACGACUGCUGCUGCUUCAACUGCUGCUGCAACAACAGCAGCCGCUACAACUGGAGCUGCUACAACUGGAGCCGCUACAACCGGAGCUGCUACGACUGCAGCCGGUACAACAGGCGCUGGCACGAGUGCUGGAGCAACAACAGCAGCUCCUACAACCGCAGCAGCUACAACAGCAGCAGGAACAACUGCUGCUGCUACAACAGCGGCUGGCACAACUGCAGCUCCUCCAACCUUGGCUGCCACAACUGCAGCGGGAACAACCAUGGCCGGCACAACUGCAGCUGCUACGACUGCUGCUGCUUCAACUGCCGCUGCUACAACUGCUGCUGCUACGACAGGAGCUGCUACGACUGCAGCUGCUACAACUGGAGCCGCUACAACUGGAGCUGCUACGACUGCAGCCGGCACAACAGGUGCUGGCACAAGUGCUGCAGCAACAACAGCAGCUCCUACAACCGCAGCAGGUACAACAGCAGCAGGAACAACUGCUGCUGCUACAACAGCGGCUGGCACAACUGCAGCUCCUCCAACCUUGGCUGCCACAACUGCAGCUGGAACAACCAUGACCGGCACAACUGCAGCUGCUACGACUGCCGCUGCUACAACUGCCGCUGCUACAACUGCUGCUGCUACGACAGGAGCUGCUACAACUGGAGCCGCUACAACUGGAGCCGCUACAACUGGAGCUGCUACGACUGCAGCCGGUACAACAGGCGCUGGCACGAGUGCUGCAGCAUCAACAGCAGCUGCUACAACCGCAGCUGCUACAACAGCAGCAGGAACAACUGUGGCUGGUACAACAGUGGCUGCCACGACUGCAGCUGGUACAACAGCAGCCGGUACAACCAUGGCUGGAACAACUGCAGCUGCCACGACUGCAGCUGCUACAACAGCGGCUGGAACAACUGCAGCUGGCACAACUGCAGCUGGCACAACUGCAGCUUCCACGACAGCAGCUGCUACAACAGCAGCUCCUCCAACCGUGGCUGCCACAACGGCAGCUGGAACAACCAUUGCUGGCACAACCGCUGCUGCUACAACUUCUGCUGGCGCCACAACCGUGGCUGGUACAACUGCUGCUGCUACCACCAGAGCGGCUACAACGGCAGCCGGUACAACUGCAGCCGGUUCAACAGGUGCUGCCACCACUGCUGCUGCCACAACUGCUGCAGCUACAACAGCGUCGGGUGCAACUGCUGCAGCCACAACUGUUGCAGCCACAACUGCUGCAGUUACAACAGCGUCUGGUGCGACUGCUGCUGCCACCACUGCUGCUGCCACAACUGCUGCAGUUACAACAGCGUCUGGUGCGACUGCUGCUGCCACAACUGCUGAAGCUACAACAGCGUCUGGUGCAACUGCUGCUGCCACAACUGCUGCUGCCACAACUGCGGCAGCUACAACAGCGUCUGGUGCGACUGCUGCUGCCACCACUGCUGCUGCCACAACUGCUGCAGCUACAACAGCGUCUGGUGCAACUGCUGCAGCCACAACUUCUGCAGCUACAACAGCAUCUGGUGCAACUGCUGCUGCUACAACUGCUGCAGGCACGGGAACUGGAGCAACCGUGGGAGCUACUUCCGCUGGUGGCACAACUGCUGCUGGUAGUAGCGCAGCUGUGAGUGGCACGACAGCAAGACCGACCACAGGAUCUGCUCAACCACCAAUAACAUCAACAGCAGGAGAACCCGCGACAACAACUACCAUCCCUGUCAUAGUCAUCUUGUCUCUGUCCGGGGUUGACGCGGAUGUCAUGUACACCAACGAGCAGCUGGCUGCCAGGAUUCGUAGCAGUCUGGAAAUCGGCCCGGUGAACGUAACAGCUCAGACAAGCUCUGGCAGCGUUCUGUCAGUGUACUUCUUCGUACGGGACAAUGAGACAAAUAUGGCCGUGGACGCAGAGGCUGUUCUCUCUCGUAUCAGUGUAUCAAGCAUCACAAAUUCGCUGCUGACAUCGUUCAGCGCAGCAGGUCUGACCUCUGCAGCAUCCUUGUCGCCACGUCCCACUCUGCAGCCCACGGAGACGGACGACGACAGUGGCCUGGGCGGCGGUGCCAUUGCCGGUAUCAUCAUUGGUGUUCUCGCUGCUCUUGCAAUACUCGCACUGCUUGCCUACUAUAUACGACUCAGAAAACGACGCUCAGAGUACUGGACCGAUUCCACCAAGCAGAGUCGCAAUAGUAAAAAGACCGAGGUAUACUUUGACAACUACUCAUUCAGCAAGCCGUGAAGCGGAUCACGAAUCCUGGCCGUGUCCGCCUUUUUUUAUAUUUUUUUAUACCGUUCGCCGAUUGGUUUACAGCUGUGUUGGCCGAUGUCACAUUUGCUUGUGUUUUUCAGAAUCCAUCCUGCUACUUAUACAUGGUACACCUUGCCUUGAACUCGUGACAGGGCUAGAUCAAAUACUUUUUUUUCAUUCCACAUUAGAAGAAACAACAAGUUAGGUUUUGAACAAUUCAGUUAAUUAAUUAUUGGCUAAUGAUAAUACUAAUAAUAUCAGUCAAUUAUUUGAUGAACUAGGUAGGGCUGUUUACACAUUGAUAGGAUUGCUUGCUUGCCAACUAGGGGCUCAGUGGCUUUCCUGCCAUUGCGAACUGUUGGCGAAGUUUCAGUGGCUUAGAAUCAUUUCACGGUCGCUUGAAUCACACAUUUCUGUUGGUCUGUGCCAAAAAAUGUAGCUGAACGCUACUUGCAA